GCUUCCGUAGUUGCACUAGUUUAGCUAGCUUGAGGCUAGCAGCAACAUUUUAAAGUCAGUGAAAGGAAUCGUAAAAAGGAGUGUAACGCAGUUUGUCCCCGAUCGAAAGGGCUGCCUAAGUGGCAUAAAGAGAUGUGUACAACUCUGAAAUCAAUGUGCCUUCACAGGUUGGACAAUGGUUGUGAACCUCUGCCUGCCUCACUUUCAUACGACAGCCCACUGCAACAAGCUGUGUGCUGAUGGAUAUGAUGUCACAAAUCUUGUGUCAUCAGACCCCUCUGUGCGAAGGCGGGGCUUCAAGCUGGAGUACUUCCUGCGUCCACCGGUACAGGUGACACUGAAGUUUGGUUUCCAGGUGGAGCUGUGCAGGGUGGAUGUGGAGCUGUGGCCCUGGGGUAUGGACCGAGGACAAGCCUGCAAGAAACUAGAGAUAAGCACCAGCUCUGAUCCACUAUCUCCACCAGUCCAAAACUGCAAAGCAGCUCAGCAAAAGGAGAAAGAAGCAAGGGACCAAAAUAAACAGAAGCAAGAAAAGCCACAGGAGUGUGGCAGUAAAUACCAGCAAAGUAAGGGCCAUCAGUGGAGUCUUCAGGCCAAAGAGUGGGGUAGAGAGGCAAUAGAUGAACCUGAGCAAAAACACCACACAUACAAACAUCAGACAAACACUGAAUCCAGUAAUAAUGAGUCUGAGUUUAAACUGGUGGGUCGUUGUGAACUAAAAGAAGAAACCAAAGUGUGUUUCGCACAUUCACGUUUCCAUCCACGGCCUCCAUUCCUCUCCCUUCCACCUGCGCAACCUUCAGACUGUCGGCAAGUGGAGCUGUGGAGCCGGGGUCUGCUUUCCUUGGGCGCUGUGACACAACUGCGUGUGACUGUGCCUUUUGGCGGUGCUGGAUCUGCUCUGGGACUCAAGUCUUUGUCUGUGUGGGGACAGCCUGCUCGCUGUUGUUGUUCAGAAGAUGUGGAGAGAAUUAAACAAGCCCAUGAGGCCAACGACAGACCGCUGCCACGCCCUGUGUUUUUGGCCCCCUCAUGCAAACCAACCAAACAGCCACAGCAAGUAGCAACACCUCAAAGCGUUUCAAUCCCCGAAGAGUUCCUUGACCCCAUAACUCAGGAGCUUAUGACGCUACCAAUGCUGCUGCCCAGUGGUGUGUCUGUAGAUAACACGACCUUGGAGGAGUAUCAGAAGAGAGAAGCCACUUGGGGGCGACUACCCAGUGACCCCUUCACUGGCGUACCAUUCACUGCAUCCUCCCAACCCCUUCCCAACCCACAGCUGAAGAGUCGCAUUGACCACUUCCUCCUGCAGAAAGGAGAGAUGAGGACAGAUGGGAAGCUGGGGAGACAAAUGGAAGGAGAAAAUCCACAUCCAUCAAGGCUUGUGGCAUCUACAGUAGAAAGAAAAUCACUAAAGUCUCUGUGUACCGGUGAAAGUUCCAUGAACUGUACUGCUCUUGAAAGUAACACUGGUACAGGAAGCACAAAAAGGACUAGAGAAACGGAAGACUCAUCCAACCACCAGUUUCUUAACAAAUAUACUAAAUUAGAGUUGGACAGAGAAAAGAAAGAAGAUCCUAAUAGAUUUCCCACAGACUCAACAGAAACUUCAGAUAGUGGAGCUGAAAACCAACCCCCUGAAUCAAAAAGACCAAGAAAUGACGAGGCUUCAACCCCCACCUGCAGCUCCCAUGAGCAGCGUUUGUCAGCCAGCCUGGACGAGGCCCUGUCCUCCGCCCUGCGAGGCCGACCCUCCUUCACAUCAAACCUGUCCCAGCAGAGACGGGUUUGUCCUGACCCUGAGGCACUGGACCAGCCUCAGCACAGUCAGAUUAACAGCACAGCAAGUAUCAUAACAGGUGACAAGACAUGCUGUGCUUGUUCCCGUUCACUGUCUGUUUACUCCUCCUCUGCCUCCCCCGUCUACAGCCUCACCUGUGGACACUUGCUCUGCCGCAUCUGUCUACAACAAAGGCGAUCGUCACCGCAGCUCCACUCUGUCACUACCUCUACAUCCAAUCACAUCCUGUGUCCCACCUGCCACAGCUGUACUCUGCGUGGUGAUGUCACACGUGUGCAUCACUGACAGAUGGCAUAACAGACCAACGUACACCUUCAUAUUCAAAGGAGGUCAGGGCUGUCUCAAGCCUUUUCAUAGAGGACUUAAGUGUCGCAGCCUUGUACAGAACAUUUAUGGAUGUCUUGAGAUUGAACAAGGAAGGGUUGGAGAAGAGACGCACCGAGAGCAACAGGACAGAAGAAUUCAAGUAGGUUUUCCAAGGCUGUAGGAUCAUUGUGAGGAAAUAGACAUAGCCUUGCUCACCUUUUCAGCUGACCACCGAAUUUCAUAUCAACCCUGGCCUCAUCUCAGGUCCAUCUCCUUCUGCUACAUCUUUUCAUCUACCCACGUGUGUAAUCCAAUAGGUUCUGCUGUCGUAAGUAGAUAAUAAAUGGAAAAUAGUCUAAUAUUAGUGACCUGUCUGUAGAUGUACAUGUUUUUUUGACAUGUUAAUAAAGUGCACUUGCUGACUGAA